GUGGGUGUGUGUGUUGGAGGGGUGGAGCCACUGGGUGAUCGUCCAGACAGGCGUACUAGACAGAUUACUACAGCCACCGAAUACAGAAAACAGUCUGAAGGCAAACGGGUGAAGCUGGGAGCGCCGCAGCCUCAGCAGCUUGGCAGCUACCUGGCCUCCUUUUCGGAUCCAACCUGGAGGUGGGGCAGCGGCUCAUACAACGUGAUUUUUUUGUGUGCGUUCUGGUCCAAUGGAGGCAGCGGUGCUGAACCCCGCGGUCAUGACGGAGGUGGACUGCAACAGCAACACCCUGAACGCCGAGUUGGAGGUGAAGAAGCUGCAGGAGCUGGUCCGGAAGCUGGAGCGGCAGAACGAGCAGCUGCGGACCCGGGCGAGCGGCUGCUCAGGCGGGCCGCAUAUGCUGCCUCCAUCCCCGGCGUGCGUGCUCGGCAACACCGGUGGAUACUGCCUGCCCAGCCCGCUGCCCACCCUGCUCUGUCAGUCGUCCUUGGGGUCAUUCACGCCCCCGGAGGAGCCUUUCGACUAUUUCCACCCGCACACCCCCGGGGAUGGAGCGGCUGCUGCGGGGGAGGCGGAGGACGGAUCGGAACCGUCGGUUCUGGAUGAGCUGGAGCUUUUGGACUUGGACUCUCUGUGCUGCUCGGAUGAGUCUGAUGAAACAUGGUUGUAUGUAUCAUCAAAGGCCACAGAGUUCACAGAUAACUCCCUCACACCUGUGCAGUGGUGCCGGCAGGUCCUGGACUCUCCCAAAUCAGAGGUGGAGGCCGCCAGGCGAUCACUGUCCCUCCGACUGGAGCAAGGUACAGUCUCCAGGUGGCGUAGCUCCAUGUCCAGCCCCUCUCCCUCCUCCUCCCCUGGCCCUCCUCUGAGUCGAGUUGCCGGAGUGUCUCCCAUCAGUGCUUCCCCCUCAGUCAAACCCUGCUCCACUCCCCAGUCAUCUGAAAGACACGUUCCAUCCCUCUCCUCCCCGAUCCACCCAGUCCUUCAUCGGACGCUGAGUCCCGUAGGGAAGGAGCUCUCCCCUGUGGCCGAGAGAGCUCCAACGUUCCUCCCUCACCCACCCAACCGAAGCCGCAGCCUCAGACGCUCAGCCCUCAGCCCACAGUCAUCCAUGGACAGCGACCUUGGUGCUUCAGAGGCGGAGGACGACUCCAUCACUCUGGGAUACAAACUACAAGACCUCACUGACGUCCAGGUUAUGGCCCGGCUGCAGGAGGAGAGUCUAAGGCAGGACUACGCCAGCACGUCGUCCAUCCUGGCCAACCGCCGCAGCCAGAGCUUCAGCUUCCAGCUCAGUCAGCUCAGCGCCGGCCCCGACCUGGAGGAGGAAGACGAGGAGGACGACGAAGACUACGGCCUCCUGCCCCCGCCGCAGCCGCGCCUCACCCGCCUGCCGCACUCCCACACUUUCUCCAGCAUCCGCGACUGGCGAAGAAGCACCAGUUCCCUGUCCACCCCUCCUUCCACCCCCUCCACCCCUCCGUACCCUUCCGCUGGGUUCGCCUUUCAACCUCAGCCCCUAACCCAGCCACAGGGACUGGGACUGGGCAGCUUCUGCGCAUCCGAGCAGCAGGGCUUCAGACCAGGAUCAGGCGAAUUUGAGAAUAAGCUGCGGAGGAGCUUGCCUAACCUUGUCAGAGCUCCCAGCAUGCCCAGUGUGCCCAUUCCAACCAAUCCUAGUGCUUCCCCUUCUUUGCUUCGUAACAGCCAGAGUUUUGAUUCAUCCAGUGGGCUGGCUCGCCUGCAGUCCUCCAUCCCCUCACCAGGCCAACUUCAAAACAGGGUCCAGAGCGUUGGAAAUUUCUCCUCCUUGUCACGGCAACCACUGAAGGCCACCGCCUACGUCAGUCCUACCAUCAAGGGCUCAGCCUCCAUGCCGACCUCCACCAGCCUGCAGUCUCUGAACAGCAGCAGUGGGAGUAACGGCGGGGUCGGCAGUGGGAUCCCUCUUCUCAGCAAACCUCCCAGUGGAGGGGGGACACCCGCUUCCGCCCCGAGCACUCCCCGCAGCAGCCUGCCUCGCCCCGCCUCCUUUGUGGGCACCACAAGCUCCACCCCCCGCAACAAGGUGGCCCAACCAGUGCGAAGUUUACUGACACCUCCAAAGAGCUUGUCCACCCUCAGUGCCCUUCGUGACAGCACCUGGAGAGAUGGCUGCUACUGACGAGCAGAGGAACCGGUGCAGUAGUGCAGUGGCACCCCGCUGGCUGGGGUAACUCACUACACCUCAACGUCACAUCUUUCAUAGGGGGAUAUUGAAUGGGUUUGACCAAAAAGUAACCUUAGAUCUGAGAGAUGCUGCAUAGAAUAGGUAGAUAUUACCACAGUUGAGGGUCUGAUCUGAUCUCUGACUGAUCUCUCAUGUCAUCCAUUCAAUCCUAUGCAGAAGCUUCACACAUAGGCUGAGUGUGGUCCGUGCCAAGGGGGAGUUGGUUCCUAGUUGCUCUGUUGCUCUUGUGCAAUAAACCACUGGCUGUAGGGUAUCCGUCAUACUAACCUGCUAAAGAGGGCUGCCAGUUUUUAUGAAAUGAGCCUCACGAUACUGUAUGUAUUUAUAUAUUUAUUUUAGGUAAAAAAUUUUGGACUAAUCAGGUGUUUUUUCCCUCUGGCAACAAGCGCCAUUAAUGCUGCUAAAAUGUAAUCAGUCCCUCUUAGUUUGGGCACAUUUGGUGUAAUUUUUACAAGUAAGACAUUAAAGUAUGUAUUCGUGUACAAAGCUAACUAUUAAGUGUGCAUACAUAUAUAUAUUGAUGCAAUAUGACUGAUUUUUAAAUGUGAAUCUUGACCAAAAUGAAAAUGUCUGAAUGUGUUUACAAAAUUGUCACCAUCACAAAACUUUGUGCAUACUAACACUUUCAAAUUGUUUAACAACCUAUAAGGGAAACUGUUCUUGUUGCACUUUGUAUACAUUUCUGAAUUUACUGCUAUUUUUAUGUUGUUUACCAAUGUUUGCACUUCUUUUAAGUUGGAUUCUCUGGAUUUAGGGGGGAAAAAAGUUAAUUCAAUGUCUUUGGGAGAUUUCACAGUUAACCACGGCAUAAUGUAGCACAUUUUCUCUGUAAUAUUUGUCUUGGGGUUUUAAAUGACCGUUAACAUGGCACAUCUCACAAACUGUGACACUUUUGUUGCUGUGAUGGACUGAAUGAGUGAAGCAUUUUAAUAAAAUACACUGUUUUCCCUUUAAA